AUGGUUUGAACAGCGUUGGACGAUUUGACGAGAGGAGGUGAAUGAUUCCAAAAUGUUUAUGCCAAGAGCUUUAAAACUUAAAAGACCUGCAGAGGGAUCUGGUCGAAUUUUGAACAAAAAGAGCAAGAUUAGUCAAGAAGAGGUAAACAGACGUAGUUCAGAGACACUUGCUCGCAAGGAUGAAUUAUGUGAAGAAGGCAAAAUGGAGAAUGACACAGUUCAAGCAGGUGAAGGAUCUAUACCUGCUCCAAGAAGCUCCAAACGUGAAGUUGAACACACGCCUUCUUCUGAUGCUGAGGAUGAGGAUGAAGAAGAAGACGAAGAGCCAGUGAAAUCUUUCAAAAAGAGGCAGAGAUGGCCUGAGCCUGGGGAGCCUGUCUGUGUCAUGUGUGGUCGCUAUGGGGAGUACAUCUGUGAUGCCACUGACAACGAUGUCUGCAGCCUUGAAUGCAAAGCCAGCCAUUUAUUGAAAAUGGGAAUGGGUACUGGUGCAGAAGCAUUGAACUACAAGGACAGACCCAAAGAUGAGAAGGCUGCUGUACCUGGACAGUCAGCAGUUGACACCGGAGUUGAAAGAAGUUAUUCCUACAGAGAAGAUCGGUUCAUAUCAGGCUUGACAGAGGAACAGGUGCAACGCAUCAAACACGAACUGGGCAUUGAAACACAGGGGACAGACGUCUGUAGACCCAUCAUUGAGUUUGAACACUGUGGCUUCCCUACAACUUUAAGUGGGAACCUGAAAAAGGCUGGUUACCAGGCGCCCACCCCAGUGCAGAUGCAGAUGGUACCUGUUGGUCUCACAGGCAGGGAUGUGAUUGCCAGUGCUGACACAGGAUCAGGGAAGACAAUCGCCUUUCUGCUGCCAGUGGUAGUCAGAGCACUUGAGAAAUCAGCACAGACUGUUGGUUGCCCUGUGGCUCUGAUCCUGACACCCACCAGAGAGUUAGCCAUUCAGAUAGAGAGACAGGUGAAAGAGCUGGUGAUUGGAAUCCCCAACAUGAGAACAGCACUGCUGGUGGGAGGCAUGCCACUUCCACCUCAGCUCCACCGCCUCAAAAUCAGCAUCAAAAUCGUCAUUGCUACCCCUGGAAGACUCAUAGAGAUUUUGAAGCAGAAUGCAGUGCAAAUGGACAAAGUGAAGAUUGUGGUGGUUGAUGAGGUUGACACUAUGUUAAAGAUGGGCUUCCAGCAGCAGGUGCUGGAGAUUCUUGAGAAAGUCCCAGAAGAACACCAGACUCUGCUGACAUCAGCCACAAUCCCAACUGGGACGGAGGAGCUCGCAGCUCGGUUGGUUCAUGACCCUGUACGUAUUGCGAUUGGUGAGAAGAACCAGCCCUGCGCCAAUAUACGACAGAUCCUGCUUUGGGUAGAGGAGCCCUGCAAGAAGAAGAAGCUGUUUGAGAUCCUCAAUGAUAGUAAGCUGUACCAGCCUCCGGUGGUGGUGUUUGUUGACUGUAAAGCGGGAGCUGAUCUCCUGUGCGAGGCAGUCGCCAAAGUGACAGGUCUCACUUCUGUGGCUAUCCAUUCUGACAAGAGCCAGUGGGAACGAAAUCGCAUCCUCAGGGGUCUUCUCGAUGGAGACUUUGAGGUGGUGAUCAGUACAGGUGUGCUGGGCAGAGGACUGGACUUAGUCAAUGUCCGAUUGGUAGUUAACUUUGACAUGCCAAACACAAUGGAUGAGUAUGUCCAUCAGGUGGGGAGAGCAGGUCGGCUGGGACACAGGGGGACGGCCAUCACCUUGCUCAAUAACAACAACAAGCGACUGUUUCUAGAGGUGGUUAACCGGGUCAAACCCACCGGUUCUAUUCUGCCUCCUCAACUCCUAAACUCACCCUAUCUCCAUGAACAACAGAGACGAGAAAGGCAGAAACACAAGACGGGACUUGAUGACAUGGUGACCAAGAACAACCUCAUUGAUAUUAUAAAGAAACAUGAUCGCCGGAAAAAGUAAUAAACGUUUUCAGUGUUUUUGCAUUGAUGCUGUCUGUGAUUAAGUGUAUAGUUGAAUGUUUUCCCAAUAAAGUUCACAAUAUGUUGUAUUCUCUUUGCAUAUUAGAUAGUUCAUUCAACUAAGAAAAUUAUUGAACUCACUUUGAGGUACCUGUGGACAAAACAUGGAAUAAAUAUUACACACUGUAACACAUUAUAUAUAGAUAUGUAAUCACGAUUCAAGACUGCAACCCAAGAAUAUAAAUGUGAAAUACUUAAUACUUGACAGAAAUGUGAUCAUUACAAUAGCAUUGAAAAUGAAAGAAUCUAAUCUUUUUUAUUGGAAUUGUUGACAGAAUUGUAAUAUAAUGUCUGGAUUUUGUAGAUUCAUUUCUCUAUGGUAAGCAGCACAUUUUCUUUACUGGUGCUUUUUUAUCAGUUCUUGCCUUGCCUGUGCUGUGUCCUUUGGUCUUUUUUUUCUUCUUUUUUUAUUGAAGCUAUACUUCUUACGAUUAACACUGCAUUUUCAGAACAU